AUGAAGGACAAACUGAAGCUGAGGCUUAAGACACUUGAAGAAGGCUUGAAACAUGUGCCUAAUUGCGCUAUCAAUGCUAAUGGGGCCCCCACGAAUGGAAAAUCGAGCCACUUCUUUGGGAUCCUGUCAAGUAACACGAGAACAAAGAAGAGAUCCACAUCACAACCCAGGGCAUCCACCCUCUCCCGAAGCCUGAUGCAGAUGACGGCUGAUGAAAAACAAGAUUCAAGCGAAAUUCUUAUCAAUGGUUUGAGAAAGAAAAAUACUACUGGAGAAAGUUUGUUGAGGAAGAGCUUGUGGGCUUCCCGUAAUAAGGUGAUCGACAGCAGUGAGAAGGAAAAUGCAGCGAUGAACAAAAAUGCAGUAGUCGAAAGUGAAAUGCGCAAGGGUGAGGAAGUCAGACAAUUUGCUGACAUUAAAGAAAGUAAUAAAGGUUUAGAGAUGGCUGAUGUAGAGUGUGAAGAUACGGUGUCGGGUUUCUUAUACGACAGGCUUCAGAAGGAAGUAUUAAACUUGAGGAAGGCCUGUGAGUUGAAAGAAAGCACUUUGAACUCUAAAGAUGAAGAAAUUAAGUUGCUCAUGAAAAAGAUUGAAACACUGACAAGGGCCAUAGAAGUUGAGUCCAAGAAAAUGAAGCGAGAAGCAGCAAUAAGGGAGAAAGAUUCAUCUUUAAUAAAGUCAGAUGAGAAGAUUCGAAGCACAAACUCUUCCAAAAGGUUAGCACCAAUUAUAAAGCAGGGGUAA